AUGGCGAGGUGGACAGUUUGCGUGAUAAUUCAGGUCUUGGCCAUUUUGACUUUGCUACGAGUCCUAUUCAUGGUAAAACAGCAUGGCGGGCUAGGUUAUACGAAGAUAAGAGGAUCAACGCAUUUGCAAAUUGAAGACGGAAAUUCUAGCGUCAUUAUUCCGAUUCUUUCCAAGUCGCAGAUUCAAAUUAUUCACAGAAAAAAUGUGAAACGAGUGAAAAAGCUCGAAGAUCAUUGUAAGAAGUAUUCUGGUAGAACAGAAGUCAGAAAAUUGUACCAAAACGAGUACUUCAUCGACAAAGACCUGAAGAUUGCCGGCUGCAUUCCUUCAGAAACGCGCGAAUAUAACAUACAGUACUUCUACGAAAAUACAAACUCGCUGGCUCCUUCAAGAACUGCUUCGACCUGGCAGCGCGAAGGCGAGCUCAACACCGAAGAUAGUCUGGACAGCGUGAACAGGCUGAUCACGAAUCAAGGCCUCGGCGAGUGGUUUAUCAUAGUGCGACAUCCGAUUCUGCGGCUCAUCCACGGAUGGAAGGAGUUUUUCUGCGCACAGUGUCAAGGCGAGAAGAAAACAAAUGCCAAUUAUGUGCUCGGAAAAUACAAUUCUCUCCAUCCCGAGAACCCGAUCAUCCCGAAUGAAAACGCAGGCGAAACGACGAUAGCUUUCACCGAAUUCCUCGAAAGAUUCGUAUUCGCGGAGAAAACGAAAGAAAUCAGCGCGGUUGACUGGGAUCAGCGAUUUCUCGGACUUCACCGGCUUUGUCUUCCCUGUCUUUAUCCAUACACGGCGAUUCUUCGAUCGGAAAACUUCGAAAGCGAGUUCCAAUGGUUCCUGAAAGACCAAGGCAUUUGGGGAGAACUAAAUGAUAGUGCCAAAGCCAGUUCAACUUAUGACUUUACGGAUGCGAAAAUCGACUACAAAAAAAUCCUGGACACAUUGAGCCACACUGAUAGAAACAAACUCUGGCAUUCGCGUCAUAAAGACAUGGAAACAUUUGGUUAUUACUGGGACAUCAAAAAGAACGAACUGGGCGUUCAAGAGUAA